AGACAGGCAACAAGCUGGGUCGUGACGCAGUGUAAUCGACACAUUAACAUUUAUUCAACUCAUAUUUGUAUCUUCAAUUUAUAAAAUCAAGUUUCAACGGACUUCCAUACCAUGGAUCGGGUUUUCGAAGAACGCCCUCCCCUGCUGUGGGAGCCAAUCUCAACAGAACCCAUAGAGGUCAGACUCGCCAACAUGCGGGCCGCUAUAGCCUCUGGCGCCGACCCUAACGAGCUUGACGGCACUCGAAAGCCACGUGUGGGUCGCCCCCUCGACUAUGCUAUAACCACUCUGGCAUGUGCCUAUCACGAAACCGUAAAGACGAAUCUCCCUAUCGUAGAACUUCUUUUAGAGACAGGUGCUGACCCGAGGCUUCCGGGUCGGAUACCAAUACAGGACGUUUCGCCUUUGGAAGGAGUGCGGAGAUGGCUGGAGGCUUUUGAUAUUCGUGGCGGGAACUGGGCCUCAGAGGAAACGGCGUUGAAGCCUUUCUACGAGUCGGCAUACAAGGCAAUGAAGAAGGUUGCGGAUAAGCUUGAUGCACAAGAUGCGGCGGAAAGAGCUAACGACUAUACUACUGAGAAGGAGAAUGAACUAAAUACAGGCAGCUCAUGGUUUAGUUGGCUAACGUUUUGGUAACCUAUCAUAGCUACCAUGGAUGUUACGCUUAACAUUCUUUUCUUGGAUGUAACGGCUUCUGGUUUUCUUCUUGUGUACUGUUGGCGGGAAUACCGCGUUGGUCAAUUUAAUAAGGAGAUGGAAAAUAGCAUCUGCACAUCAAUCACCAUGCCAAGUGACUGUCUUCGCUGCAUUUUCCAAAAUUUUCAACCUUUUUCGAUCAACAUAGAUUAC